AUGCGUUCCUCAACUCUCCUCGCUGCUCUCGGCACUGCCGGCCUCGUCGCCGCUCAAACCACUGUUACCAGUGUUUUUGUGAGCACGCCGACCUCAACUUCUUCAACUCCUUGUCAUCCCCAUCAACAACCUCCUCCGGUCACUUUCCCUCCGUUUCCUCCCCCAAGAGCGCCUAUUCCUGUUCAGCCUCCUCGUCCUGUUCAUUCGUUGCCUCCUCCUGUUGUUCCUGAGGAGUUUGUUGUGCAUGGGAAUGAGCACAAGCGAAACCAUGAGGAGCUCCCCCCUCGUCCUCACCCUCCUGUUCACUCACUUCCCCCUCUGGGAUUCUAA